AAAGACCGGGAAUGAAAUUAGAGCUCAGUUGGGAGUUUCGGCGUCUCCGUGACGCAUCUUACAAAAUAAAAUAAAAAAAAGGGACUUUAUUUUGUUUCGUCUCUUAGUUGCUAAAGAAAACACACACCCACACCCACACACACACACAAAAAAAAGAAGGAUGGCUAGCGCACUUAGUUUCAAUGAGAAUGAUGGUUACAUUGAUGGUAUCUUGAGAGGUUAUUACUCAGGCAUCUUGAACUCUACUCAAUACCUUAAUUUCAGUCAAUGUGAAACUCUUGAAGAUCUUCGUCUUCAGUUGGGUGCAACCGAUUAUGGUUCCCUUUUACAAAACGAACCUUCCCCUAUUGCCACCUCAACCAUUGCAGAAAAGUUGACGCAAAGUCUUGUUGAGGAAUUUGACUAUGUUCGUAGCAAUGCUGUUCAACCUUUGACCAAGUUUUUGGAAUAUAUCACCUAUCAAUACAUGAUUGAUAAUGUCAUUUUAAUUAUUACGGGUACACUUCAUGAACGUGAUACGCACGAACUUCUUGAUCGUUGUCAUCCUCUUGGUGUAUUUGACACUAUGCCUGCUCUCUGUGUUGCCACUACAGUUGCUGAAUUAUAUAACACUGUCUUGGUAGAAACUCCCUUAGCACCUUAUUUUGCCAACUGUCUCAGUGCCCAUGAUUUGGAUGAGCUCAAUAUUGAAAUUAUCCGUAACACUCUUUACAAGGCAUACCUCGAAGAUUUCUACCAAUUCUGUCAAACUAUUGGUGGAGCUACUGCUGAAGUGAUGGGCGACAUUCUCCGUUUUGAAGCAGAUCGUCGUACGAUUAACAUUACGAUCAAUUCUUUUGGUACGGAGUUACCCAAGGAGGACCGUAAAAAGUUGUUCCCUACUAUUGGUCGUCUUUACCCUGACGGUAACGCUCGUUUAGCUAUUGCUGAUGAGAUGGAUCAAGUUAAAUCUACUUGUGAGGUAUUCCAUGAAUACCGUGGCUUUUUUGAUAGCAGCAGCAGCAAGACGUUGGAAGACAAGUUUUUUGAGACGGAAGUCUUUUUGAACAGACAAGCUUUCCAACAACAAUUCAACUAUGGUGUAUUUUAUGCUUACAUUAAAUUGAAGGAGCAAGAAAUCAGAAACAUUGUUUGGAUUGCUGAGUGUAUUUCUCAAAACCAAAAGGAUAGAAUCAACAGUUAUAUUCCCAUUUUGUAAUUUAAAAAAAUAAUAAAAAAAAAAAGUUGAUUGCUUAUGA